AUGCGGCUAAAUCUCCUUCGUCGGCCCUCCAUCACUCCAUGGCUGGAACGGAGUGUCCUUUCCUUCUUCUUCUGCCCAGUUUUGGCAAACCAAACGGCUUCUUACUGCUGCGGAACAGGAGCAGGUCGGAAAACUCGGAGAGGUCCCAGGUUGUAUUCGAAAGCAGGGAUCUUCGCAAACCAACUUUUGGGAGGAGAUACAGGUGAAGAAAGGGUGUUUUCAACCUCGUCCUUCAAUGUGGUGCUCAGCCUCCUUGCUGCUGGCUCCAGCGUUUGCCCCCGCCGUCAGCUUCUCGCCGUCAUCGACCGCCGUUCCGUCGAUCGUCUCAAUUCUUUAGCCGCUCGACCGGACGUCAUCUUGCCCUAUGAUGAUCUCGCCGAGGGCAUUGGUACCCGUUGCGUCAAUGCCUUAUGGCUUGAUCAAUCCCUUACUCUGAAGCCCUCUUUUAAACAGAUUCUCGACUCUGAUUAUAGAGCCGCUCUUAACCCACCUCCUCAUGCGACCCAAGAAAUUAAUUCUUGGGCGGAAAACGAGACAAGUUGCCUCGUUAAAGACUUUAUUCGUGAGGGGUUUCUCAGCAACUCAGUCAAGUUCGUCUUUACAAAUGCAAUACACUUUAAAGGAGCAUGGAAAGGGACAUCAAAUCCAACCUUUAUAAGCAAGAACUCAGAGAUGGAUACCUUGACGAGUCACAAGAGCAUUGCAUUUUCUAAGGGCAUGAAACUGGUUUAUCAACCAUUUAAAAAGCAACGGAAAUAUAACCUCCCUCUCAGCAUGGUGUUCCGUUUUGCAGUGAAAGAUACUGAUCAGGUGCGUAGAGAACAUGUUACAGAAACCUUAAAGAAUCUAUGUGGCCAUGAUGAGAACCCAAAAUUUAAUACUGCUUACGAGGUGGAAGUUUCUGAUACGCUGAGGGGAGUAGGGGUUACACUGCCAUUUUCUGGAGGAAAGUGGAAAGGGAUAUUUAGUUCUUUUGGCGCUCGGAAGUUAUAUGUUUCCAGCAUAUUUCAGAAGUCAUUCAUGGAAAUAAAUGAACAAGGGGCUGAAGUUGUGUCCGUCACUGCGGCAGUAGUAAUGUCUGGGUGUCCACCACGUCUGCCUCCUGUACCCGCAUUAGACUAUGAACAUCACUACUCAUUGCAUGCUUCUAAUGGUACAACGGCUAAAGCAGCGUCUGUGAUGAGGAAUCUCACCUUUCCUGCUAUAAUAUAG